AUGGCGCAGAACGAUGUAAGAGAUGGGGACGGAGCGAGUAGGAGGAAGAAGCAGAAGAGCGAGGACGACAAGUUCCCGACUGGACAGAUGAUCACACUGGCCAUCUGCAAGUUCAGCGAACCCAUCGCCUUCAACUCCGUCAUCUCCUACGCCUACGUCAUGGUCCCCUGGCUCUUCGACGGCGACGGCACCAACGCCUCCUUCUACGCCGGCCUCCUCGUCUCCGCGUACGCUUUCGGCGAGGUCCUGACGGCGGUGAUGUGGGGAUACGCGUCAGACAAGAUGGGGAGGAAACCGGUCGUGCUGUUUGGGCUUUGCGGGGUGGCUUUGAGCUGCGUCAUGUUUGGGCUGGCGAAGAGCUAUUUGGUUGCGUUCGUUGCGAGGCUGAUUGGGGGCAUGUUGAAUGGGAAUGUGGCGGUUAUGCAGACGAUGCUGGCGGAGAUGGUUAAGAGGCCGGAGCAUGAGCCAACGGCAUACGCCAUACAUCCGUUCGUGUGGUUCGCAGGAGGCAUCAUUGGCUCUGCAAUGGGCGGGUACCUUGCAAAGCCGGCUGAGUACUGGCCAGACGUCUUCUCACCUGACGGCAUAUUCGGCGAAUACCCUUUCCUCCUGCCCAACUUGGUCUGCGUGGUGGUGAUCGUCAUUGCGGUCAUCCAAGGAAUCUUCUUCCUCAAAGAGACGAACCCACACGCCGCAGAGAACGCCCGAAAGAAAGCGCUCAAGAAGGCGAGGCAGAGCGGCGAAAACACCCCUCUCCUCGGCGACAGCUACAAAGACUCACCCCAUCGCGUCUCCGAACGCGAAGUCGAGACCUCCGAGUCCGACAGCUCUGGUAAGCCCUCCCCGGCCCUCUUCAUGGAAGACGGCGUCUCCAGCGGCACCGACCCGCACUUCGACCUGCGCCGCUCCAGCUUUGGCACCAUGCAAUCCAUCCAGAUCCAGCCCACCCGCCCGUCCCUCUCCGAACUCAACCACCCCGCCGAUACCGCCACACCCCCGCUCCGCUCCACCUUCAACUACACCGUCGUCAUGCUCAUCGCCUCCCUCGUCCUGUGCAGCUACCACAGCAUGGGCUACUUCAACAUGCUGCCCAUCUACCUCCUCGACGCGCCCAGCACCUCUCUCGCCGGCGGCGUGAUCGACUGGAAAGGCGGCCUGGGCUACGACAUCCACGCCGUCGGCUCCUUCAUGGCCAUGAACGGCUUCAUCUCCGUUGUUGUCCAAGGGCUCGUAUUUCCCGUCUUCGUCGCCAAGUUUGGCGUGUGGAAGAGCUACGUCGUGAUGGUGAUCUUGUACCCGCUCACGUACCCGCUCAUGCCGCUUUUGACCCUCCUGCCCUUCGGCCCCGCGAGAAGCGCGGGCAUCUACGCCAUCAUGAUCAUCCAGAACCACCUCAACAUCAUCAUCCCGCCCUGCGCCCUCAUCCUCAUCAAGAACGCCACGCCCUCCCCGCUCGUGCUCGGAACCGUCAACGGGGCGUGUAUGAGCCUAUUGAGCGCUGCGCGCACGGCGGCGCCGCCUUUGGAGGGGAUUAUUUAUUCCAAGGGCGGCAGUGCGGCGGCGUGGUUUAGUUUGGCCGGCGUGACGGUGGCGGCGACGGUGCAGUUGUGGUGGAUUCCGAGGAGUCCGCCGAAUGCGGUCUGGAUUCAAGGGGUGGAGACAAGGGAGGGGGAUGAGGAGGCUGUGGAGGUUGAGGGGGAGGACAGGAGGGAUGAGAGAUGA